AGAAAAAAAAAAAACCUGUGCGUGAGGGGGGAGGAAAAGCAGGGCCUUUUAAAAAGGCAAUCACAACAACUUUUGCUGCCAGGAUGCCCUUGCUUUGGCUCAGAGGAUUUCUGUUGGCGAGUUGCUGGAUUAUAGUGAGGAGUUCCCCCACCCCAGGAUCCGAGGGGCACGGUGCGGCCCCCGACUGCCCGUCCUGUGCCCUGGCCACUCUCCCAAAGGAUGCACCCAACUCUCAGCCGGAGAUGGUGGAGGCGGUCAAGAAGCACAUUUUAAACAUGCUGCACUUGAAGAAGAGACCCGAUGUCACCCAGCCCGUGCCCAAGGCGGCGCUCCUCAACGCCAUCAGAAAGCUUCAUGUGGGCAAAGUGGGAGAAAAUGGGUAUGUGGAGAUAGAGGAUGACAUCGGCAGGAGGGCAGAAAUGAAUGAACUCAUGGAGCAAACCUCGGAGAUCAUCACGUUUGCGGAAUCAGGCACAGCCAGGAAGACGCUGCACUUUGAGAUCUCCAAGGAGGGCAGCGACCUGUCGGUGGUGGAACGCGCGGAAGUGUGGCUCUUCCUAAAAGUCCCCAAGGCCAACAGGAACAGGACCAAAGUCACCAUCCGCCUCUUCCAGCAGCAGAAACACCCGCAGGGCAGCGUGGACGCCGGGGAGGAGGCCGAGGAAGUGGGCCUCAAGGGGGAGAGGAGUGAGCUGCUGAUUUCGGAGAAGGCGGUGGACGCGCGGAAGAGCACGUGGCACAUCUUCCCGGUGUCCAGCAGCAUCCAGCGGUUGCUGGACCAGGGCAGGAGCAGCCUCAGCAUUCGGAUUGCCUGCGAGCAGUGCCAGGAGACCGGCGCCAGCCUGGCGCUCCUGGGCAAGAAGAAGAAGAAAGAGGAGGAGGGGGAAGGGAAGCGGAAGGGCGGCGGCGAAGGCGGGGCCGGCGGCGACGACGAGAAGGAGCAGUCGCACAGACCUUUCCUCAUGCUUCAGGCCCGGCAGUCCGAAGAUCACCCGCACCGCCGGCGGCGCCGGGGCCUGGAGUGCGACGGCAAGGUCAACAUCUGCUGUAAGAAACAGUUCUUUGUCAGCUUCAAGGACAUCGGCUGGAAUGACUGGAUCAUCGCGCCCUCCGGCUAUCACGCCAACUACUGCGAGGGUGAGUGCCCCAGCCACAUAGCGGGCACCUCGGGCUCCUCGCUGUCCUUCCACUCCACCGUCAUCAACCACUACCGCAUGCGGGGCCACAGCCCCUUCGCCAACCUCAAAUCGUGCUGCGUGCCCACCAAGCUGAGACCCAUGUCCAUGUUGUACUAUGAUGAUGGCCAGAACAUCAUCAAAAAGGACAUCCAGAACAUGAUAGUGGAGGAGUGUGGGUGCUCUUAGGCCCAGGGGUGGGGGGAGGGAGCGAGAGUUGCCCAGAGAGGACGGUGGCAAAAUGAAGACAGAUUUUAAGGUUUCUGAGUUCACUACCAGAAAAAUAGAAGUUUAAAAACAGAACAAAACAAAACAAAAAAACGCAAAAGAAAAAGAAAAAAAAAAAAAAAAA